UACCCAUCUCCCUCUCUCUCUUCGUGUUCUCCAUUUUCACCAUGAGAAUAAGAAAAAAUGCAAAAAUCUCAGCGUUGCUUAGCUCAACCACAAAUCUUACAAGUGACGCCGAUGAAUCAUUGCUAAAGAAGAACUUGUGUCAGCUUAAUCAAUCUCCAUGGGAUAUCAUCACUUUUCCGUCUUCGGAUUCAUCUUCUUCUCUCCACCAGUUCGAUGAUUAUGAGGUUUACUACAACGUUAAUCUUGCUGGAAAUGGAAGCUCGGUUGAUUCCGUAGGAGCUUUGGAGAGUGUGGCUUUGAAGACCUCUCGGGAAGAUGAAAACGAUAAUGACAAUUGUGGUGACAUUUUAGGGUUUAAGGAAGAAAUUGUGUUGUGUGAUAAAUUAGAUGAAAAAGGAUGGCAAUGUGGAAGGGUGGUCAAAAAUGGCAACAAAAUGUGUGAUCACCAUCUUUCGACCACUAAGAAAAAAUCUCGGGUGAUAUCCGGGCCCAUGACAGGGGCCCGGCCUCACCGAACCAAAAAACGGCCCACAACAAACCCGCAUGAUUUCUAUUAUUAUUCAGGGUUUGGGCCGUCUUGGGGCAAGAAAAGAGGGGCAACGGAUACAACUACAAGUACAAUUACAUAUAUUUAUAACGAAGCUAGUACGGUUGCUACUAAUAGCAACAACGGUUAUGAAACCGGUGAUGUUAUCGGUGAUAUUGAUAUACAAGAAAAAAAACGAAAACGAUUGGAACCCGAGAUUUCGGAGGUCGGGCCCAUGAAAGUGGAAUUAGAUAAUAUUGACGAUCACAAAAAAGGUAAAGUGGCAAUUAUUGGCAAGAAGAGAGGGAGGAAGCCGAUCAAGGCAAGAUCAUUGAAAUCUUUGAGGUGA